CCAUUCCCUCCCCAGGAGAUCAUCGACCUGACGGGCGAGGACACCCGCGGCGGCGCCGUGGCGUGCAGCAGCAGCGUUGUCAUCGACCUGACGGGGGAAGACGAGGAGCCGCCCAGCCCAGCCCGCGCCCCCAUGCAGACACCGCCCGCCGGGACGCAGACCGAGGCCCUGCCCGGCUUCCCUGCCACCAUCAAGGAUGAAGCGAAGACGCCCGCCUGCUCCACGGACUCGGACUGCAGCCCCACCACCUUCAACAGCGACUUGAGCUCCCUGGCCAGCCCCCUGCUCGAGUCUGACCGCUUCUCCCUCUCCCCCUCCCCCUCCCCCUCCAGCAGCGACAGCUGGGGGGCACCCACGGACCCUGGCUCCCCACCCCCAGCCGCCCCCACGCCCCCCCACUCCCUCGCCGCUAGCACCUCAAAGGCGCCCUCCAGGAAGCGGCCACGGCUGGCGGUGAAGCAGGAGCCCCCGGCAUCCCCCACCCCACGCCUGGCCGACCCCAGCUGCCUGCACAAGCUGCGGUACUUCCGGAGGAUGCCCGUGCACCACCUUCUGCGGGUGGCCAAGGAUGAGGACAGCCGGGAGAGGACGUGGCCCAUCUCAAGCCGGAAGCUGGACCUGGUGCAGACCACGAUGGAGGAGAGUUUCCCCGAGGGCACGCUGCAGUUCCUGACUGACUUUGUGACGCCCCGGCACUACCCACCCUGCACGAUCGUGGCCCACCUGGUCCGGCAGAUCCUGCUGGGCCCGCACCACUGGGGGAUCCUCAAGGAUGCCUACACGCUGCUCAUGAAGAUCCAGACGUUCCAUCCAGCCAGCACUGUGAAGGACAUGGGCUGGGAUUGGCCGCUGCUCAGACACAUCAUGGAAGACGAGGAGAAGCCUCGUGGGCGCCUGCUGUUCCUGCAGUACGUGGUGCAGACGCUGGAAGACAAUGCCCAGCUGAGCCUGCGGCUGCAGCACCCCUCCAUGACCAUUGCCAGGCAGGUGCUGUCCUGCGACCAGAGCUUUGGCAACAUCAAGGAAGUGAUUGGGUGGCUAGUGGCUGCCAUCACCGGCGUCGGAUUCUGCAGACCCCCAGAGCAGCAGAACACAGCGCCUGCCACCUCCGGUACCUCCAGGCUCCAGCACAGCAGCUGCUCACUCUUGCCGAGGCCCACGGAGCUGGGGGAGGAGGUUCCACCGGGACUCCUGGCUGAAAAGGUGGUGCUACUGCUGCAGCGGCUGCUGUCCAUCGCAGUGGAGGUGGACCGCUCGCCUAACUGCAGUGCCCACAAGAUCGCCGAUGCCAUCUUCCCCUCUGUGCUGAACAUCCCACUGCGGAGCCAGAGGGAAACCUUCCUCGCCACCAUGGAGAGCCACCUGCUGCGGUGCAGGUUGCUGGAGCUCCUGUUCCACCACAGCUGUGAGGUGCCCACAGCCCUGCCCCUGUCCCUGGCCAAGAUCCUACAUUUCCUGAGCCACACUUCCCUGCUCCUCCUGUACCAGGACCGGGAAGCCACGUGGCAGACAUGGGACGAGAUGCUGCAGCAUUUGAUCUCCCUGCUGGUGAGCUACCACAAUGUGGUGCUAGACCACCUGUGGAGCUCCCUGGGCGAGCGGAUGCAGCCACUCACCCCUGCCCGCAGGCCCAAGCAGCAGGAAGGCGAUGACAUCACCACGCUGGAUGUCCAGCAGGGCAUCGAUGGCUUCUGCCACCAGCUGCAGCAGAGCCUGGGGGCACCACUGCCCGCCUCCAUCACAGAGAAGGUGCGCAUGCUCCAGGUACUGCUCCUCACUGCCAGCUGCUCCUGACGGGGCUUUGGACCCAAAUACUGCCAUGCGGCCAGAGCCCACCAUACUGUUCCCUUCCUGGAGGGGCAGGGAAGGCACCUGAACUCUGCCAGUCAUUGGACUCCCAAGCCAGUGCAGCCCGGCUCUCACCAGCACUUCAUCUAUGGCUUUCAAUACAAACUGUUCCUAGCAGCCAA